AUGCAGGACCUACUGGAUCGGGAGCUGGAUCGCAUGGACAAACUGCCCAAGCGGGGCCUGUACUGGGUGGAAUUCAGCGCCUAUGCUCUGGGCAUCAAUAUAUCACCGCGAAAGCGUAGCUCCACGCACUGCCAACUUGUGCGCAUUGUGGUCUUGCUGGUGAAUUUGAGCAUCAUCUAUAGUCUGGUGGCGUUUAUUAUGGCCAAUUACCAGGUGUCCUUUGAGACCUACGUUGAGGCUGUGCUACUCACCUUUCAACUUAGCGUGGGUGUGGUCAAAAUGUUGCACUUUCAAAACAUGUUGGAGGCCUCUGUGCAAUUGGUGCACUCCACGGAGACGGGACAGGUGCUCAGAUCCUUGGGUCUCUUCGAUUUGGAUUUGCCUCGAAAGAAGGAACUUCUUGCCUCAUUGAGCACAAUUUUGCUGGACAAUUGGCUGAUCAUUGAUCGACAGGUCAUGUUCUUCUUCAAGAUUGUCACCAUGCCAGUGCUCUACUAUACACUCCGUCCGUAUUUUCAGUACAUUUUUGAUUGUUACAUUGUACGGGAUACAUGUGAAAUGACGCUGACUUACCCAGCCGUUGUACCCUUUGUGCAGCUUGGCAAGUACGAAUUUCCCUCCUAUGUGAUACGUUUCUUUCUGCUGCAGAGUGGCCCUUAUUGGUGCUUUUUUGCUGUCUUUGGCUUCAAUAGCCUCUUUGUGGUGCUCACCAGAUACGAGUCGGGUCUGAUAAAGGUGCUACGAUAUUUGGUGCAGAAUUCCACGUCGAAUAGCCUGGUGCCCAAGCACCUGCGGGUUAAGUAUUUGCAAUGUUGUGUACGACUCUUUGCUAGGAUUGCAAAUCAUCACAACCAGAUAGAAAAUCUCUUCAAGUACAUAAUCCUCGUGCAGUGUUCGGUCAGCAGUGUGCUCAUUUGCAUGUUGCUCUACAAGAUUAGCACCGUGUUGGAAGUUGGUUGGGUCUGGAUGGGCAUGAUUAUGGUGUACUUUGUAACGAUUACUCUGGAGAUCAGCCUCUACAAUGUGAGUGCACAGAAGGUGGAGACACAGAGCGAGUUGCUCUUUGAUGACUGGUACAACUGCAACUGGUAUAAUGAGUCGCGGGACUUUAAAUUUCUCAUUAAAAUGAUGCUACUGUUCACCAGGCGAACAUUUGUGCUGAGUGUUGGCGGCUUUACCAAUCUCUCCCACAAGUUUUUGGUGCAGGUCUUUCGUUUGAGUGGAAAUUUCUUCUUGCUAUUGCGCAAUAUGAACAACAAAUGA